AUGUCAUCAGGGCCACCGAUGAGCUAUGUGAAAUGGCGUCGCACCAUUGAUGCAAACGCCAAUGAACUGAUCUUUGAAGGUGUCAUCGACCCUGAUGAAGAAGAAGAGAACAAGCUCCAUUUUGGAGAACCAAGAAACAUCAUCACUGAGUUUUGGUUUACUCCACCACCUGAGGCAAACCACUACUACUACGGCUAUGACGAGACCAUUCGUGAAAUUGAGCCAGGAUGGGACGGUUCAGAUGAAAAUUACCUGCCUCCCACCAAGCGCUACUACCAGGUCUACGUCGAGCAACUUGCCUCCAGUGUUGAUGACCUGCUGAGCCGCCUGUCAGAUUCAGACACCGAUGUUGAUGACUACAAGACUGGCAAAAGGCUCACAAGGCAGGAGAAGAAGCAGAUUGAAAAAGAGUUGAGUUUUCACGACAUUUUGUCGCAAUCAGAAGAGUACAUUCAGAAGUUCAUUGAAUCGGCACAGAAAGAGGAAACCAGCUUUCUGGAGUGGAAGUCAUUGAAACCAGUUCCUCCAGAAGAGACGAAACGCAUCCUCUCCGACCCCGAGCAGAAGAAGAGAGUCAUUUCUUCAAGGGCUUGUUACAGGGACAAAAACAAAAAUGUCCCACCACUCAAAGCCAAAACCAGAAUUGUAGCAAGGGGCAAUCAAGAUCCUGACUUGAAAAGCCUAACACGGCAAGCACCAACGCCAACCCGUGUCAGCGAGAUGAUGACCUUCCUCAUCUUCCUCUCAGGAUUGCACUCCAAGGCCUUCCGGAGUGACAAGGUUUGGAAGUUGUGGGCCGGGGACGCAUCCACGGCGUUCUUGCAAGGACAGCAGGACUUGAGCGAGAGGGCAGGCAAGCUUUACCUCAAAGCACCACGAGAUCCCUUGCUGAUCAGAGCUGGUGUUUUCAAAAGCGAGCUGUAUGAGAUACUGGGAAAUGUGUACGGCCUCAGCAACGCCACUUGGGCACAGGAAGUCACCAAGAGGUUGGUCAAUCUGGGAUUCAUUGUUCACAGUUUUGAUCGUAUGAUGUUUUGGUAUCCUGACCCAGACAAUGCACCAUGCCCAGCUGCAGUUCUCAUUUGCUACGUUGAUGAUUUCCUCAUCACCUUCAACACCUCCUUCCCAUUCCAACAGUUUGUUGACUCCUUCAAGUGGGGCUCGCAACAGUUUCUGGAACAAGGUUCACCGUUGGUUUUCAAGGGCAAAGAAAUUCACCUGGAACAGACUGGCGACGUCCAGACCCUCAGGAUUGUCCAAGAGACCUUCAUCACCAACCUUGAGAUGGGACAGGUUGGAAAGAAGCAGAACAAGGCUGAAGUUCUUGCCAGCCAUGUUUGGCCGGAAUUCAGGUCGAUCAGCGGUUGCCUACAGUGGCUGUCAGGCCAGACACGUUUGGAUAUUUCAUCAGCUGUUUCAUUGUCCAAUCGAGGACAGGAGACGACCUAUGCCGACCUUGACUGUUUGUACAAGACGCUGCAACAUGUUAAGGAUACAUCCAAGCUUGGCAUCCGGCUGUAUCCAGGGCCGAUUGAUGAGAGCACGGUCGUGAUGGCGUACUCCGACGCCAGUUGGGCGAACGCUCAGGGGAGCGCCAGUCAGCGUGGACAGAUUAUCACGCUGGCGCCAGCGACCGUGACAGAGAAGCCAUGCUAUGGUGGGCUCAUGUACUGGAAGAGCUCUCGCAGCAAGCGAGUAUGCAGAUCGACGUUGGCCGCAGAGGCCGUAUCAGCCGACAGUGCUGCAGAUCGCUUGGCAUACGUCCAGUAUGCGCUGGGAGAGUUGGUCUUUGGAGUUGCUGCCCACCGAGUGGGCCCUCGCCUUCGAGCUUUGUUGGCAACUGACUGCAAGUCGCUGUAUGACAGCGUUUCAAGCCCGAACCCGACAGUUGAAGACAAACGCAGUCUGGUCAACAUCCGCUCCAUCCAGGAGGUGGUAAGCCGCAACACCAUCCACUGGAUUCCGACGGCCUUGCAGAUGGCCGAUUCGUUGACUAAGGUGUCAGCCGACCUUCGCGACACCCUGUUGAGCUGGCUUCAAAAGCCGGUGAUCCACCUUCGUGAAUGUGGCAGUGGCAAAGCGUCCAAGAGCUCUGUAGGCAUUGAGUACAUUGAGCAAACAUUGAAAUCAGGGCUGGCCACUCGUCUCGUUUAUCAGAAGCGGAAGCUGAUGAGCGACUACGAAAGCAUUGUUCGACAACCGUCGGAGUCGGUCAGGGCUUUCGCAAAUCGGUAUCGACGAGCUGAACAAGCACUGCAGAGUGUCUCCGUCGACAUCCGUGGGAUGUACGACGACGAAUCUCGAGGCAACAGAUUGCUCGAGAGAAGCAGGUUGAGCCCAGAAAACCAAAGAUUGGUAUUGAUCGGUUCUGCCUACAACCUUGCCUAUGAGGUCGAAGACGACCAGCUGGAAGCCAUUGAAGAGGAAGACGAUCCUCAUGAGUCCGAAGCUGAACAUGAGGCCGAGCAAGAAGAUGAUCAAUACGAUCAGCAGGAACUGGCCGAUGAAGAGGCGCCGGAAGAGUCCUUUGCAGACAUUGCCGAGGUCCUCACGGUGACAGCAAAGAAGUUGCAGUCGCUUACAUUGGGGCGCAAGUUCAGUGGAUCCAAGUCGAUUGAAGAGCGAAAGAAGACAAGUACAUGCGCUGCUUGUGGACAGGUAGGCUUUUCAGUUCGGCAGUGGAGCACCUAUGCAGGCCCAAGAAAGCAUCCACCGUUCUCGCAGUCGCAGAUGUUGCGACCAACUCCUCCGAGAUGGUUGAAGGCAUGGCGCCAGGUCAUCCAGACCUUGCUGAGUUUGGAGUGGCUCUCACUCCAAUGGAUGUCCAAGAUGGUCAAGCUGCAAGCAGGCAGGUUCACACGAGCCUGGAUGACACUGCACGAGACCGUGGCACAGCAGGAGGUCGACAAGACCCUAGCUCGGAUGAAGCGCGAGCCACCUUCGAGCAGCUUGGGGGCGUACGCAGUUCAAGCAUCUCAAGCGGCUCAAGUCGUGAUCUACUCGGACGAGGAGGAGUACAUGGACGACAGUCAAGUGAACAGCCAGGACGAGGAGUGGAACUGGGAGGAGCAUCAACAGCCCAUCCAGACUCAGGGACCCAUCCGGCCGGGACAACAGAAAGAGCUCCUGGGAAGGAUUCGCAAAGCCGCCGAAGCAGAGUGCACCAUGUAUGAGGACAACACCAACUACAAGGACAGGCCUGAAGAACUGGCCGAGAGACGUGCUUUGGAGAGGCCUGUUGUUGAAGAAGCCAUGCAGUGGUGUCGAAUGCAGCGCCAAGCAGGACGCUACUAUCUCAUAGAGAAUCCUCAGACUAGCCGUUUGUGGGACGAGGAAAGUGUCCAAUCCAUGCUGCAAGACACCGGAGGACAGACAGUCACCUGCCAUUCAGGGGCUUAUGGAGCUAUGAACUCGAAAGGCAACCCCAUCCGUAAGACCUUUCGUUUUGCCUCCAACAACAAGGACAUUCUCACCUUCCUCCAGGACAAGCUUUCAGCAGAAGAGUUGAAGUUGCGCGUGCCACUUGAGGGAAAAGAAACCACACUCUCGCAGGAGUACCCUCAACGCCUGAUCACCUCUAUCCUCAAGGGUGUUCGAUACGUGGCCAGGUUGCAGGUUUGCUUGCGACCACUGGUACAACGACUGCCACAGCAUGUGCCUCAUACACACCGAGGUCAUGUGCUCAAGUUUGUGGGAAGAGAAGACCUUUCCAUCAUGGCGGAGGACCUAGCCGACAUCCAUUUCCCACGGGGUAGAUUCGAAGCUCCAGUGGAACUGGCAAUCUUCUUCUACGGCUAUCCCAGCUUGUCUGAUGAGCAUCUUGGCAUUCCAGGAGAGGAAGCAGCCUUACAUGACCAAGAGCCACAACAAGCAGAGCACCGCCAGAAUCCCACCAAGGAGAUCUUCCACGAUGAGAUCUUCUUCCCAAACACCCCUGGCAUCGAUCGCACCAUCAAAGCGUCAGUUGCCAGGAUGCACAAGAACAUGGGACAUUUGCCGCCCAAUGAGACGAUCAAGCUGUUUUGUUUGAACGGCAUUACCAGUGACCAGGUGAUCAAGUGCACCAAGGCUAUGACUUGUUCGGCCUGCGAACAAGCAAAGCCUCCCAAGCCGCCAAACCCAGCUUCAUCACAUCCCCAGUACUUGGGACAAUUCGCAGACAAUUUGCAAGCAGACAUCUUCUACCUCAGAGAUGCCACAUCCAGGAACCAUCCAGUCCUUGGCAUCAUAUGUGAAGCCACACAUCUUCACGCAGCAAUCAGGCUGGACUCCAGACAGCCGAUCCACCUAGCUCAGGCCUUCCGCAAUGCCUGGGUGAGAAACUUUGGAUUCCCGCUGAGACUUUCAGUGGAUGAUGAUGGCGCAUUCAAGUCCAACUUCAUGGACUACUGCGAUGAAGGAGGAGUCUUUUUGGACUUCAUCCCUCCGGAAGCUCACUUCAAGCUGGGCACCAUAGAGCGCCACAACGGCACACUUCGAAUGCUGCUGGAAAAGAUCGUUGACUCAACCCCAUGCAGCACACCAGAGGACCUAGACAAUGCAAUCGUCUCGGCCCUAUACUCCAAGAACUCAGCAACCUGGACUUCAGGUCGCCCUCCAUUCAUCGCUGCCUUCGGAAAGAUCCCAAGGGUAGGACUUGACUUCAUCAACGACCCAAGAGCUUUGAUUGCAGGUUCUUCGAGGUCUGAAGCACAGCAACAGGCCGCAAUGAUGAGAUGUGAGGCCUACAAGGCCCUGGCCGAAGCAUCCUCCACCCUCAGACGUGCACUGCUGAGGAAGACCAAUCAGCAGCCUGCUGAACCACCAGAACCUGGGUCGCUCUUGGCCUACUGGAGAUGGACGGUCAGAAGCCACAGAAAACGAGGUGGCUACCGAAUUGCAAGAUACUUGGGCAAAGAUCCAGACAACAGCAGUUACUGGAUUCAGUCCGGGAGCCACACCAUCAAAGUGGCACCAAAUCAAGUGCGCAAUGUUUUUGGGUAUGAGGAGUAUGUUCCAACCCGUGAAGAUGUCAAAGCGCUCAAAGCUGCAGAAGACAACAUCCGCAGCGACCUUUGGCAGGAUCAUCGACUACCUCCAGAGGCAGAGCCACCAUUGCCCGAUGAGGAGCCCGAGAUCCCGCCAGAAGAUGCAGCAGCCUUUGAACUGGCUGAUGGAGACUUUCCGUCAGUGGAUGCACCGCUGACAACACCUGAGGUUCAUGAACCACCACCACAUGAACCACUUGUUCUGCCGCUGCCCAAGAAGAGUCCAGCGCUGGCGAUCCAAGAUCAAAGAGAGUCUUUUGACCCUUCGCAACCUUCAGCACCACAUCCAGGUGAUGGUGAGAGUGCGCCUAACAAUGCGGCUGGGUGGCUCACACCGCAUGGCCUUGAUCCAUCACCGCCUCAAGCGCUACCAGACCAGCCAGUUGACCUCACAGGUGAUGAUGAUGAUGGACAGCCAGACCUGUCCAGAAUAGUUCCAACGACCCCACAAGGCAUUGCAGACGAGCCCUUGCCUCAGCUUCCGGCCAAGCGGCCAUUCGAUGCUUUGAAGGCAGACGUCUCUGCCCGGAUGAACGCUCCAGGUAGCUUCGAGCUCUAUGGCUACCAGAGCGAUUUUGCAAGACCUUUUCAGAAUUUAGAAUGCUGGGCACGGCUCGACCUUUGUGUUUCACAACCUCCCCUGAGGAUCCUAGAUUGA